AGGUCUCAUAGUAUUUUGCACCCAACAACAAGACUUGUGCAGUCAAUAAUUCAGUAUACAUACAAUGGGUGGAAAAAUUGGAUGGUUUGUGGUAUUAUGCAUGUUGAUAGCCCAUGGUGAAGCCUUAAGCUGUGGGCAAGUGACGAAGCUUUUAUUCCCGUGCCUUGCUUACCUUAGAGACAAAGGAGGUAUAGGAAGUUGUUGCAGUGGAGUUAGUUCUUUGGCAAAUGCCGCAAAGAGCACACUAGCUCGUAAAGCUGCCUGCACUUGCCUUAAAUCAGCAGCCGCUACUAUUACCGGAAUCAAUUACCGCAAAGCUGCUGAUCUUCCUUCCGUUUGUAAAGUCAACAUUCCCUAUAAGAUCAGUCCUUCCACUGACUGCUCCAAGGUCCGCUAAGGUUGAUGAUAGUCAAUUUUACACCGCACAAUUUGGUACAAGUGCAAUUAUCAUGAGGAGGAGGAGAAUAAGCUAUGGUCAUCUUUAAUGGAUCAAGUUGUGUUUUGUUGUAUCUCUUGUUGUCACUUUCAUUUUGUCUUUUGGUAUGUCCCAUUAGAGUUAUUACACACGCUAGUCUAGUAGUACUAAUAUUGUGUAAUAAUUGUUGUUUGUAUUUUGGAUCCUACUUAUAUAUAUAUGGAUCCAUACAUCUAUCUAUAUUUGAAUUUCAUCCUUAUAAUUACUCCUCUA